AUGGGAAUCAGAUUCAUUCUGAUGGUGAACAAACAAGGGCAUACCCGUUUGGCGCAAUACUGUGAAUAUCUAACCUUAGAAGAACGCCGAGCACUUGAAGGUGAAAUCGUCUGCAAAUGCCUUGCCCGCAAUGAACAACAGGUCACACUUGAUCAGGGGCGGAGCUAUAUAGAGUCCAGUGCAGGCCAAUGCCCGCACUGGACUUUGGGCAUGACACAGGAAGCUCCUGUGUGUCUGCACUGGACCAGGAGGAGGAGAAGAAAAGGGAAGAAAGAAGGGAGAAAAAGUGUGCAUGUUGGACCAAGAAGAGGGAAGAAAGAAGAAGAGAAAGUGUGCCUGCAAGAAACUCCCUGGACCAAGAAGAGAAGAAGAAAAAGUGUCCCUGUAGGAAAUAGACCAAUAAGAGAAGAAGAAGAAUGA